AUGCUCGAUGGCAUCAGCCGCAUUCCGGAUCUGGUGAACCGGACGCGCGAACUGGGCAUGGACGCCAUGAGCAUCACCGAUCACGGUUCGCUCUACGGCGUGGUCGAUUUCUAUUCCGAGUGCAAGGAAGCCGGCAUCAAGCCGAUCAUCGGGUGCGAGUUCUACGUGGCGCACGCCAGCCGGCACGACCGCACUCCAAACGAGCGCACUGCCAACCACCUGGUGCUGAUCGCCAAGGAUAACGCCGGGUAUCGGAACCUGCUGCAACUGGUGACCCUCUCCCACCUUGAAGGUUUCCAUUACCGGCCGCGCAUCGACAAGGAGCUUCUGGAGCGGCACCGGCAGGGGUUGAUCUGCCUAUCCGGGUGCCCCUCGGCCGAGGUGCCGACGCUUCUCGCCGACGGCAAUUACCAGGACGCGAAGCGGCAACUCGGAUGGUAUCGCGAGCUGUUCGGCGAGAACUAUUUCCUGGAGCUUCAGCGGCACGAGCACAUUGAGCAGUUGCCCCGGAUCAACGACGGCCUGGCGCGAUUGAGCCGGGAAACCGGCGUACCUCUGCUGGUCACCAACGACGCGCAUUACGUCCGACAGACUGAUUACCAGUACCAAGACGUGUACAUCUGCAUCCAGACGGGCACCAACGUGAUGGAUGAAAAACGGUUGCGGAUGGAGGAUUCGUCCUACUACAUCCGGUCUACCGCCGAGAUGGCGGCGCUGUUCCACGAUUUCCCGCAGGCUGUGGACAUCACCGGCGAGGUCGCCCAAGAGUGUGAUGUCACGUUGGGAUUCGGACAGAUGCACCUACCCCGGUAUGCGACGCCCAACAACGAAGACGCCGACGCCUACCUGGCGCGAAUCUGCUGGGAGGGGUUCAACCAGCGGUACGGGCACAACAACGAGGCCGCCCGCACCCGGAUGGAAUACGAACUGGAAGUGGUGCGGCAGACCAGCUUCGCCAACUACUUCCUGGUGGUGUGGGACAUCAUCUCGUUCGUCCGCAAGCAACAGAUCCUUUUCGGCGUCCGGGGCAGCGCAGCGGCCAGCGUGGUGUUGUACUGCCUGGGGAUCACCGAUAUCGACCCGAUGCGGUACAACCUGGUAUUCGAGCGGUUCCUGAACUUUGAACGGAAGGAAAUGCCCGACAUCGACAUGGACUUCCAGGACGACCGCCGGGACGAGGUACUGCGUUAUGUAAUCGACCGGUACGGCAGCGAUCGGGUGGCGCAGAUCAUCACCUUCGGCACCCUGGGCCCCAAGGCCGCCCUGCGUGACGUGGGACGCGGGCUGGGGAUGAACUACGGCGACGUCGACCGCAUUGCCCGUAUGGUGCCGUUCAAGUCCCGAACGAUCGCGGACGCCAUGUCGGCGAACCAGGAGAUGUCGGACACCUACGUGCGCGACGCAGCGAUCCGGGAGUUGGUGGACCACGCCCAAGCCCUGGAAGGCAUCGUCCAUCACGUCAGCACCCACGCAGCGGGCGUGCUGAUCGCCGACGAACCGCUUACGGAAACGGUCCCGCUGCAACGUCCUUCCCGGGGGGACGAAAGCAGCCCGGUCAUGAUGACCCAGUAUUCCAUGGACCCGGUGGCCAAGUUAGGUCUGCUCAAGAUGGAUUUCCUGGGCUUGACCAACCUCACCAUCCUGGACCGAACCAUCAAACUGCUGGACGAGGAACGGGGCAUCCGCAUCGACCUGGGCCGCCUGACGCUGGACGACGAAGCGACCUAUGAGUUGCUGGGCACCGGCAAUACGACGGACCUGUUCCAACUGGAAAGCGCGGGGAUGCAGCGGUACAUCAAGGAACUCAAGCCGUCGGAUCUGGGAGACAUCGCCGCGAUGAUCGCACUCUAUCGACCGGGUCCGAUGGAACACAUCGACCGGUUCAUCCGGUCCAAGCAUGGGAAGGAGCAGGUUACCUAUCCCCACCCCAGCAUGAAGGAGCUGCUGGACGAGACCUACGGCGUGAUCGUGUACCAGGACCAGGUGCUGCACGUGUUGCAGAAUUUCGCCGGGUAUUCGCUGGGCGAAGCCGACACCGUGCGCAAGGCGAUGGGAAAGAAGAUCCCGGAGUUAAUGGCCGAAGAGCGCAACCGGUUCGUCUCGGGCGCCGUGGAGAAGGGAUACAGCGAACAGAUGGGGGCGGAGAUAUUCAAUCUCAUCGAACCGUUCGCCGGGUACGCUUUCAACAAGGCGCACAGCGUGAGCUACGCCCUGAUCUCCUACUGGACCGCCUAUUUCAAGACCCACUACCCGCUGGAGUACAUGGCCUCGGUUCUCAACUGCCGCCUGGACCACGGCGACCGCUAUGUUGCGUCGAUCAACGAGUGCACCCGCAUGGGGAUCGGGAUCGAGUUGCCCGAUGUGAACAAGUCCGGCAUCCACUACACCAUCGACACCCCAGCCGACCGGACCCAAAUCGGCAAGCUGCGCAUCGGGUUGGCGGCGAUCAAGACCGUGGGCGAAGGCGCCAUAACACCCAUCGUCACCGAGCGGGUGGCCAAAGGACCCUAUGCGUCGAUCACCGAUUUCUGCCGCCGCGUGGACGUGUCGGGCCUGAACCGCCGCACGCUGGAGGGUCUCGCCAAAGGCAGGGGGGCUUCGACUCCCUCGGGCCACGGGCAACGGUGGUCGGCAACCUGGACCGCAUCUGGGCCCUGGCACAGCAGGAAACGCGGAACCGCAAUUCCGGGCAGUUCGGCAUGUUUGGUGAGGAGAUGGACAGCGGUGCCGGCGGAACACUGCUGGAAAUGGACACGUCGCAGCCUGACUACAUCCCCCAGGAAAAGGCUAACCUGGAAAAGGAAUACCUGGGGGUGGCCCUGUCCUACAACCCGCUGCUGGCGCUGGCCGCCAUCGACCCGGGCGACGCGUACAACUCGGUCGACCAGCUGGACGAAGGGAUGA